GACCCGGGAAAAGUCACGCCUGAGUGUAGAGGCAAAAGACCGAGCGGACCUUGCGAACGAGACACCAUUUACAUAUUCACUCAAAGGGUUUAUAGGCGAGUGUACCAGCAAAUAUUAGUGUGACAUACCUUGGUAUCUUGGCAGUGGACUACUAUAACUGCGCAUUCAACCUCUACUAUCAAGCGUUUUUCUAUAACACCUCUUCUCCAGAGACAGGAUAAAGAGGAAGACAUAAAAAAGGCAGAAGUAGUGAUGCCAUCCAAUAAGUACUCCUCCGCUAUAAUGGCGGAAAGUGACAAGAUGACUGCCACGGCUGCCGUGAAUGGCGACACGUCUGUGGGGGAGGGAUUGUCAGAGAAUGACAGUGGUCUGGAGAUCACCAAUGAGAACAGCCCACUGACUGCGGCAGAGCCACCUUCACCUUUCUGCCCCAAACAGAACGGAGGCGCAGCCUCACCCGCAGACGAGAGUGUGAACAGCAUCAGAAGAAAGAGAUCUCGUAAGCGCUCUGAUACAGAGGAAGACAGUGCCUGGGAUUCCUCCUACAGUGAGGAAAAGGCUGACAUUGAGUCUGGUUGUGAGAAGGGUCUGCGGCAAAGGCCUCGUCCCAGGACUAUUUUCCAGGCAGGACUGACAGCUCACAGUAAACCCUGCAACAGAGAGAGGGGGCAUAAUAAACAGGAUCACAGCAGCAUGGUUUCUAGUGUCCCUGAGGGUCCCAUACUGGAGCUCAUGGAACAGGACUCUAAAGACUCUGCACAGAGCAGCGCAACAUCCACCUCAACUACUGACACAGCCAGACAACCUGAGUACAAGGAUAAUAAAGGCUUUGGUAUUGGAGAGUUAGUCUGGGGCAAGAUAAAGGGCUUUUCUUGGUGGCCCGGGAUGGUGGUGCCCUGGAGAGCAACAGGGAAGAGGCAGGCGUCCCACGGCAUGCGCUGGCUUCAGUGGUUUGGAGAUGGAAAAUUCUCAGAGGUGUCUGCUGACAAACUCGAUUCCAUCACAGCCUUCCCAAAGUUUUUCAACCAGUCAUCCUACACCAAACUGGCUUCCUACCGUAGAGCAAUCUUUCAGUCCCUGGAGGUGGCUAGUAUACGGGCAGAGAAGACUUUUCCUCCGAGUGAGUCAGACAGUCUUGAAGAACAGAUAAAGCCCAUGCUUGACUGGGCUCAUGGUGGCUUUUUGCCCAAAGGCCAGGAGGGCCUGAAACCCAGAGAGAACCCAGCUGAGUAUUGUGUGUUUCCCAUGGCCUCCGAGAGUUCAGUGCCGCAGGACUCCAGCCCUCCGGAAUUCCCCCCCUCUGCUAAAAAAGCUCGACUGAGCCUCUGUAAGGCCAAACCUGGCACUGAGGACGUCUACAGUAGAGAACAAAUGGUCCAUGAAGUUUUGAAGAAUCACAGAAGUAUAGAAGAGUUCUGCCUCUCUUGUGGAAAGAUGAGAGUGGCGACCUUCCACCCGCUGUUUGAAGGAGGCCUUUGCCUGACAUGCAAGGAUGUUUAUUUAGAGAUCUCCUACAUGUAUGAUGACGAUGGCUACCAGUCGUACUGCACCGUGUGCUGUGGCGGCAGAGAGGUGCUGCUCUGUGGAAACGCCAACUGCUGCAGGUGUUUCUGUGUGGACUGUCUGGAUAUAUUAGUGGGAGCUGGAGCGGCCAACAGUGCCCGUGAUCUGGACCCAUGGCGCUGCUACAUGUGUCAACCGCUGCAACAGUACGGUGUGUUAAAGAAACGCCACGACUGGAGCCUGAAACUACAAGAGUUCUUUGUCAAUGACAAUGGACAGGAGUUUGAAAGUCCAAAAAGUUACCCUGCGGUCCCAGCCGAGCAGAGACGUCCAAUCAGAGUCCUUUCACUGUUUGAUGGCAUUGCUACAGGUUAUCUGGUGCUUCGGGACUUGGGCUUCAAUGUUGAUUUGUACAUUGCAUCAGAAGUAUGUGAGGACUCAAUUUCAGUGGGAGUUGUCCGGCAUGAAGGAAAAAUCCAGUAUGUGCACGACGUUCGCAACAUCACCAGAAAAAAUAUUGCUGAAUGGGGGCCCUUUGACUUGGUGAUUGGUGGAAGUCCCUGUAAUGACCUUUCAAUUGUCAACCCUGCAAGGAAAGGCCUGUACGAGGGGACCGGGCGUCUGUUUUUCGAGUUUUAUCGCCUUUUGAGUGAAGCAAAACCAAAGGAAGGGGAAGACCGACCUUUCUUCUGGAUGUUUGAGAAUGUGGUUGCCAUGAGCGUCAAUGAUAAGAGAGACAUCUCACGAUUCCUGGAGUGCAAUCCAGUGAUGAUUGACGCUAUCGAGGUAUCAGCUGCUCACAGGGCACGUUAUUUCUGGGGAAACCUGCCAGGAAUGAAGAGGCCUCUGUGCGCCACUGGGAUGGAUAAGUUAGAACUUCAGGACUGUUUGGAACAUGGCCGUGUUGCCAAGUUUGGUAAGGUGCGUACCAUCACAACACGGUCCAACUCCAUCAAACAAGGCAAAGACCAACACUUCCCUGUCGUCAUGAUGAAUGGCAAAGAGGACAUCCUGUGGUGCACAGAGCUCGAGAGGAUUUUUGGCUUUCCUGUCCACUACACGGAUGUUUCUAACAUGGGCCGUGGCGCCAGACAGAAGUUGCUGGGACGGUCUUGGAGUGUUCCUGUAAUCCGCCAUCUGUUCGCCCCUCUGAAGGACUACUUUGCAUGUGAAUAACACAUGUAGUCCAUGUUCAGUUAGUCCAAAGUCACACAACAAACACAAUAACAAAGUACAAAACCAAAUGUCCUCAAUAAGGAGCUCUUAGAAAGCAGCUAGUCUCCGAUUUUACAAGACAAUCUCAGAUUUGGAAAGAUAAGCCGAGAAGUUGGGCUCACUUGAGGAUGAGGUUAGCCUUGCCCUUGACCAUCAGACCAAACUCAAGGUAGACACUGUGCUGUGACAGUCGCUUAGUAAAAACACAGUUAGCUUUUGUUCUAGAUGUUUUUGAAAUUGAUGUGCCUGUCAAAGUCUUUAAGACUGCCAGUGUUUGUCUUAAUAUGCAGUUAGCAUUUCUUCUCAUGGAAAAAAUAAUAAUACACAAAUGCCUUACAAUCUCAAACUUUUUUAAUUGAACAAAACAUUUUACCUUAUCGUACUAAUCUUAUUUUGCUAAGAAAUCCACAAAUGUGCAGUUGUAUUAUCAUGCCAUAGAUUCAAUACACUUGCAUGUGAUUUCCGUGGUAUUGUUGGUGUGAGAAAAAUACUUGAUGCAAACUUAUCAAUGCAAACUUGAACACCAAGCUGUGAGCCCUUACAAAUGCAUUCAAAGAUUUGAUUCCCCAUUCGUGUUUUAUAUGGCCUACAUUCCCUUUGUAACAUUGCACAAUAGCAGUAUAACCGGAGGGUGUUUUUAUAAGCAGAACUCAAGGGCAUUAGCCUGCUGAACAUUUUACUGUUGUUUUCUUGACAAGUAAGUAGUGUCAAGUUGUUGCUCGAGAUAGAGAUCAGUGUACUGUAUUUUAACCUUAAAAUAAUGUUUACAAACUUUAACUCAUUUAAACACAUUUUUAGAGUUUCCAUAUUAUACCUUGUUUUUUUAGAUUGACCUCUAAGAUGAGGCACUGGUGUAGAUGUAAAAUGUUAGCUCUGUAUGGGUUUAUCUCGCAUAGAUGCUUUCAUUUGACUUAAAACUGUUGUUUUUAUACUGACUGUUGAUACCAACAAUAACAAACACAUUGUAUCAGGCAUUGUAUUAUUGUAGCACUCUGAUUCUUAAAAAAACGAUGCCUCAUCUUUCUAAAACACUUAAUGUGUGGUGCCUUUUGAAGAGAACAGACACAUCCUGCCAUACGAGGGUUAAGAAGAAGAUUUCUGCUUUUGUUUAUUAGACCUAAUGCUGUAACACAAACUGUUUUAUAUGUCUAAUUAUAUGCUUAAAGAAAACUACUGUCCAAAGACAGAGCUUGAAGUGGAAAGUAACCUUUAAUACUUCAUAAGUCAUGGAACUCAGUGUUUAGAUAUUGCUUGUAAAUUACAUUCAUUUGUUCUGUAAAAUCUUGACAGGCAAAAAUGUAUGUAAAACAGCACAAAUAGCUUACUGUCAUUGUAUUUUCUUUAAGUUUUGUUGUUGUUGUUGUAGCUUAAACACAAUUGUGAUAUCAUAGCUCUAAUAUUUUGCUUAGUAGAUCUUUAAAUGUGAUAUAUAACGCUGUCUUUUUACUUGUUUAUUUGGUAACAAUGUUAAUCUGUACUUUUGAACAUUAACAGUCCUUUUAUACAGUCAAUUUAUAUUUACUUUUAUUUUUUAUACUUUUUUCGGAUAGUUUUUGUAUACAAUUUAUUUUUCUUUUGGGACUUAUGGUAUAAAACAUAAAAAGUAACCAAUAAAUGUUAGUAUCCUAAACAAAACCAAUAAAGACAGACUCCAAAAUUG